UUAAUUGUAACAAGGUUCUGAUUUUUAUGUUUAUUGAACUGUGAUGCUUUCUUUUUGUUUACUUUCAGGCAAAAAGUGUGCUGAAAAACCUCAGAAUCAAGGUUAAUAAUCUUGAGUUCAAAAUCAGUGGACUCAGUGAUAAUACUUGCAGGACUCAGAAAUUUUUGGGAUGCUUUUGGAUGAAAGCCAGGUCAGGUCCAUUGUUGACGAGAUAAAACAAGUGAUCACAGCUAGUUCAAGUAGAAAAAGAGAGAGGGCAGAGAGGACCAAAGUUAAAGAUUUUGAUGCUGAAGAGAGUGAGCUGAUUAAAGAGGAAAAUGAACAAGAGGGAGAAGUUUUUGAUCAAGUUAGUUGUUUAAAUUCGUUUUUAAAAAAUCCAAGUUAUGUUGAUUGCUGGGCUACUGUCUUUGUAUUAUGUUUGUACAGAUCAAUUCUUUGGUCAUCCUUUCAAAACAUUUAUGUGUCCCAGGUGGGAGAGAUAUUGGGAACUUUGAUUAAAACCUUCAAAGCCUCCUUCUUACCUUUCUUCGAUGAACUGUCAUCAUAUUUGACACCUAUGUGGGUGAUUCCUGGAUGGUUGAACUAUUUGCCAAUAAAAGGUGAUUUGAUUGAGGCCAAAGUUGUCCAUGAUCAACUUUGUUCCAUGGUUGAAAGGUCUGACAGUGAACUUUUGGGUCCAAACAAUCAGUACCUUUCUAAAAUAGUUUCAGUUUUUGCUGAGAUUAGUUUUUAUCAAGCAUUUGCUGCUUUGAUGUGCUAAUACAUAUUUGAUUUUAUUUAAUUUGAUUUUCUAUUAAUGUUGCCCAUUUUUUUCAUGCAUUUUUCUAUUUAAUGUUGCAAUUAGUAAUUUUUUUCAUGCAUUUGGUUGACCAUGUUGCCAAUGGUUUAUUUUUCUUUUUAAAUUGAUUUCACAAAAUUAAAGAUUAAAUUAUAAUAUUUUCUGUCUUAUGUUCAGGCUAAUCAAACACCAAGGAAAAGAAACUGUGAGAGAACACCAGCCACUAGUAUGACUCUGUUCUUCACCAAGUGUCAUAUCUUGAUGAACAAUAGAGUUGUCCUGGGAACACAAUUAUCUUUCUGAUACCAUCACUGCACUAAUUUUCUCGACCAGUUAAUUGAGUAGAGUCUUUAUUAGUCUGAUGUCAGAUUAUUUUAAUCUGUAAGUUAAGAUAAAAAUUUACCCAAAAGUUUGUGAUUAGUUCAAUAAAUGCAGUUCACUUUAACAUGGGAUUUUGCAUAUGAUGAUGAAGUUUACCCAAAAGUUUGUGAUAAGGUCUAUGUUCUCACUCUGGGCAUUUUUAUUGAGGAACAAAAAGGCAAAGUUUUCUUGUGAGGAAAGUAGUGAUGAUGAAGAAGAAGCAGCAGCAGAAAGAGCAAGUGAAGAAUUUUGCAGAUGAGAUAAGUGGAAUUAACACAGGAUCUCCUUCACCAACUUCAUCUAUUAAUUAUAGAGCAGCGAAAAUUGUUCAAAUAAGUUAGGAAAUUGAAUAGGAGUUGCUUGCAACAUAGGUCUUUUAAUUUACUAGUAUGAGGAAAAUCAUUUAGAGCCCUUUGGAUACCCAUUAACAACUUUUAAUUUACUCAAUAGACUUUGUUGAUGUAGGUUUGUUGCUUAUUAUUAUAGUUGAUGUAU